GGGCGGGCCGCGCGAGGUCGGGAAAUUCCCCCCGAGUAGAGCGGCGAGCGGGCGGAGAGGCAGGGCCGCGCCCGUUCGUGUGAGGUGCGGGCCCGGAGGCAGUCCGCGGCGGCAGGGCCCGAGCGGCGGCCGGAGCUGUCGGCAUGGCGGGUAUUUCAGAGCCCUACAUUGAAAUAUUUGAACAACCCAGGCAAAGGGGCAUGCGGUUCAGAUACAAAUGUGAAGGAAGAUCAGCAGGUAGCAUUCCAGGAGAACACAGUACUGACAACAACAAGACAUUCCCAUCUAUACAGAUUCUAAACUAUUUUGGAAAAGUCAAAAUAAGAACUACAUUGGUAACAAAGAAUGAACCCUACAAGCCACACCCUCACGAUCUAGUUGGAAAAGACUGCAGAGAUGGCUACUAUGAAGCAGAGUUUGGGCCCGAACGGCGAGUCUUGUCUUUUCAGAAUUUGGGAAUUCAGUGUGUGAAGAAGAAAGACCUGAAAGAAUCAAUUUCUUUGCGAAUCUCAAAGAAAAUCAAUCCCUUUAAUGUGCCUGAGGAGCAGCUGCACAACAUUGAUGAGUACGAUCUCAACGUUGUCCGCCUCUGUUUCCAAGCUUUCCUCCCUGAUGAACAUGGCAACUACACAUUAGCUCUUCCUCCUUUGAUUUCCAACCCUAUCUAUGACAACAGAGCUCCCAACACAGCAGAACUGAGAAUUUGUCGUGUGAAUAAGAACUGUGGAAGUGUAAAGGGAGGAGAUGAAAUUUUUCUUCUGUGUGACAAAGUUCAAAAAGAUGACAUAGAAGUCAGAUUUGUCUUGGACAACUGGGAGGCAAAAGGCUCCUUCUCCCAAGCUGAUGUUCAUCGCCAGGUCGCAAUUGUGUUCAGAACACCGCCGUUCCUCAGAGACAUCACAGAACCCAUCACGGUGAAGAUGCAGUUGCGAAGACCUUCAGACCAGGAAGUCAGUGAACCAAUGGAUUUCAGAUAUUUACCAGAUGAAAAGGAUCCGUAUGGUAACAAAGCAAAAAGGCAGAGAUCAACGCUGGCUUGGCAAAAGCUCAUACAGGACUGUGGAUCAGCUGUGACAGAGAGGCCAAAAGCGGCUCCUAUCCCCACUGUCAACCCUGAAGGAAAGCUGAUUAAGAAAGAGCCAAAUAUGUUCUCACCUACGCUGAUGCUGCCUGGGCUAGGAACGCUGGGGAGCUCCAGUCAGAUGUACCCUGCGUGCAGCCAGAUGCCCACCCAGCCUGCGCAGCUUGGCCCUGGGAAGCAGGACACACUCCCUUCCUGCUGGCAGCAGCUGUACAGCCCGUCCCCUUCAGCCAGCAGCCUGCUCAGCAUGCACCCGCACAACAGCUUCACAGCAGAAGUGCCUCAGCCUGGUGCUCAGGGCAGUAGCUCUGUCCCGGCUUUCCACGAUAACCCACUGAACUGGCCCGAUGAGAAGGAUUCCAGUUUUUACAGGAAUUUUGGCAGCACAAAUGGGAUGGGAGCAGCGAUGGUGUCAGCUGCAGACAUGCAGAGUGCUUCCAGUAGCAGCAUCGUCCACGCCGGUCACCAGGCCGGUGCCACUGCUGCGAGCAUCAUCAACAUGGAGACCAGUGACAUGAACUGCACCAGUCUCAACUUUGAAAAGUAUACUCAGGUGUUAAACGUAAGCAACCACAGGCAGCAGCUCCAUCAGGUGCCUGCAACAUGCCCACCUGUGGCAGCCCCUGGCAGCACUGCCUUCAGUUCACAACCAAAUUUAGCUGAUACAGCAGUUUACAGCAGCUUUCUAGACCAAGAAGUUUUAAGUGAUUCAAGACUAUCGACCAACCCUCUCCAGAACCAUCAGAACAGCCUCACCCUUACAGAUGACCAGUUCUACGACACCGAUGGUGUCCACACUGAUGAGCUCUAUCAGUCUUUCCAGUUAGACACCAACAUGCUACAAAGCUAUAACCAUUGAGCCAGCAGCAGGCUGAGGCAGGCACAUAGAGCUUUUCCAAGGAGUAACUCACCCUUCUGCUUUCUCUUUCAGAAUGCUACUGUGCAAACCUCAUGAUACAACUUAAAGUUAUACAUAUAUCGAUCAGCCCAACUGGUCGACUGGUGCCCAUGAAGAAGCAUUUGGGGUGCUGUAGCUUCAAAGCUCUUCUUAAACAUUUGUAUGGUGUUGGAAAAAGGAAUUACUAAUACUUAAAGCAUUGGGAAGAAAAGCUGAUAUCUUCAGAAGGGUCAGAUUUCCAAUAAUUCACAGGGUUAAUACUGUCUAAAAAUAAAACAUUUUGCUACAGAAAUUAAAUUAACAUUUCAGAAGGACAAACUAGGAAAAAACUGCACGUGGGCACUCUAGUUCAGACUCACCUAACAUAUUUUAUUCAUCUUGCUUGAAAGAUUUAGGGUUCUUACCCUCUUUCACAUAAAAUAUUUUUCUCCUAAAACAAAAUCAUGCAUUGAUUUUUUAUUUUUUUCUUCCAUGUUUCACCACAUUCCAUUUGCUUUCAAGGCAAAUUUACUCUAAAGAAAUUUAAUGACUAUGUCAUUGUUAGAUAUGUUUUAAAGACCGGAAGGUUUGAGUUUUUAAAUAGUCCAGCUCUGUUGUAAAUGCAUCACUGCACAGAAGAAUGAGCAGAAAGUAAGGACUUCUCUGCACUUCAUCCCGAGUGCACUAUUUUAAAUGACAAAUCCCUGUUGCUUUAGGAAUGGAGCAUGCUGUUAUUUCUCCGGAAUUUGUUUGGUGUGUGUGUGUGCGUAGCCACGAUGUGCAUUUUAUUUUGAACUACAGAAAUGCAGUCAAAGCACCUGCCCGUUCCUUCCUCAGACGGCCCAGCAGUUUCCUGCUAUGCAAGUGACUGCUGAAAGGCUCAGGUCUGGCUCCCUACCAGCCCUCAUGGGAAGAGGUGAAAUGCAGCCCACCCAAACGUGCUGUAUGAACAAUGCGAGGCCGUUCCAAUCAGUGUCAAUUAAAACAGCCUUCAGUCCGCGGUAUCGAGAACCAGAGCUUCCUCUCUUCUGCUAGCUUCCCAGUCUCCACUCCGAGGCCUGAGGCAUGAGAUGUCCAGUGGCACCUCGCGUAGCUAUCUGGCUAGGUAAGGCACUCAGGUCUGUGUUAGGGCUUUGCUAUUUUACUACUGAUGUACGAGGCAUCACAGCAAGAAAUAUAUCAGUGUAUUUAUUUAUACGGCUGGUUAUUGUGGCAGAUAGGGCUUAAGAACCUAAUUUUUACUGUUUGGCUAUCUAAAAGUGCACCAUGGAAAAAAGCAAUAAAUAGCACGCUUGGAUAUGUAGGGAACAGAAACCACAACCACAAGACAAAAAGCCACUUGAGAUGUACAGUCACACACCAGAUAGAAAGGAACUCCAAAAACCUCCAUGGUUUAAGGGAAAGCAGCAAUUACUCAGUGCAGUAAUUCACUGCAUGCAGAGCCAUGAGGUGCUGCAGCUGUAAGGCAUUACAUCAGUUUCACGGGUCUGACAGAAGGGGCUCUUCCACGGUGUACAAAUGAAGUCUGGAAAACUGCUCCCCGUCACCCCAUGUACCCAACUCCAAACUUACAGCAGUUUUUCUCACUCCUGCAACACACCUUUCCGGGAGCACGAAAGAGGUACAAAGAACGCUUGCAAUGUGUCAUUUAUUCAGUUCUUCCUUUUUAAGUUCUCAAUGUUUAAGUUUAUUGAAUGUAAACAUUUUCUUUAUAGAAUGCUCUUUAUAGCACAAUUUGUUUUUACAGUAUAAUUAAAUAUUUUCAAAAUUCUGUUUUCCUUUGUAAACAAGUUGGUUUGGUAAUUAAAGAACUGGUUAUACUGAGUCCUGAGCUUCUUCAGCCUUCUCAGCCUUGCAACACUACAAGACAUGUUAGAGAAGCCACACAGAGCUGCUGGGAUUUGGGUUGCUUGUCCUGGGUCUUCCUAGAGUAUUUUACGUUACAUUCACAACUGCUGCUGGCCACGGUGCAGUAAGGAAUCCUCAGCACUUGGCGGUUCUUUGUGGCACAGUAGCAUGACUGAUGGACAGGGAGGACAGAGGCACUCAUGUUCAGCCAAGGCUGUGCUACUGGCACAGCUUCGGGCAGCAGGGGUUUGCUUUGGGUGAGCAGCUACUUGGAGAAGUACAACAGCUUCAUCCAAGUCCUUCUGGUAUGAAGAAAUAUGAUAAGGAACACUGGCUCUUAGAUUUUAGCAUUUACACAUAAUCUGCUAGAAAACAUCUACUGUUUCAUGUUUACCACAAGAACAAAAUUAAAUCUUGCUCUUACUACUCUUAGGAAAUGUCCUACUGGAGUAUUCACAAGUAGGUAUUUUACAUUUGAAAACAAGAUGAAGUGUCUCUGAACUGUAACAGGAGCAGAAGUCCCAGUUAGCACCAUUUCCCCUUUGGGACACCUCUUCUAAUGUCUGUUUUGUCCAGCCUACGUGUGUUUCCAGUGUAUAGAACUGAUACACCAUUUGUGUCAAGAAUCACAGAAUCACAGAAUCACCCAGGUUGGAAGGGACCCCAAGGAUCAUGUAGUUCCAACCCCCCUGCCUAGCAGGGCCACCAAACAUACACAUUCAGAUCAGGUUGCCCAGGACCCCGUCCAACCUGGCCUUGAACACGUCCAACGACGGGGCAUCCACAACCUCCCUGGGCAGCCCGUUCCAGGGCCUAACCACUCUCCUAGUAAAGAACUUCCCCCUAACAUAGAAAUAACAGAAAUAACACAGUAGCCUGAAGUUUUCUUUUCCUUUUUUCCUGAAUAGUUUCUGAAGCUAUCCAUCGUUCACAACAGUUCCAUUCUGGGCAAAGAUUUAUGUAUGAGACAACUACUCCUAGGAUCAGUUCUCAUAACAGCCCUAUGACUGAAAUUGAGAGAAUCUUGCUGUCUGAAUCAUGGCUCAUUUUUGCAUUUAAAACAUGGGACCUUCUGAACAACUCCUAUGCUUUCUUAUGUCACUGUGGACUAGGAAAACAAACGAGGAAAGUUUUGACAGCCCAUGACAGAGUAUGUAAAAUUCAGGCUAAUUUUUCAAGACGAGUUUUUACAUGGGCCUUUUGAGCCUUCACCUGCAGUUACCACCUAGCUGUUCUGUGAGGUCCUGGCACCACUGACUUCACGGUAACAUCUCCGUAAUCUUUCACUGCUCCCACUGUUUUCCCUGAAAAAUAAUUAACCUUUAUUUCUGAAAUGUUCAUUAAUGAAGAGCCCUUAAAGUCCAAACCUUAAUUUCCUGAGUUUCUUGGUAUCCCUAUUUUUCUCUAGGAUUCCACCACACACUUUUGCCAGGAAUCCCCAGCCUGACGGUGACUCAGGGAAAUCCUAUGCUUGAAGAGGCCUGUAAUUCAGCUAAAGAGCUGCUGAGGAGCCAAACACCUGAAAUGGAGUUUCUACAAAACAUCACUGGUGUUUUUAAAUGAGAGACACUUGAUUUUAAGUGCAAAGUUCUUAUCUGGAAACUCUUCUUGCUUUGAAAAGUGCUGUGGGAAGCACAUCUGCCCAUCUCUGAAACCAACGCUGAUCAAAAAGCAGCUGGCACAGGGCAGAACACCUCCUUCAGGCACUGUCCUGUGGGCUUGGUUAACAGC